AUGGAAGCUACUCCUGUAUUCAACUACCAUAUUGAUGUCAAUCCUGAACGCAAAAAGAUUGGCACAAUCCAAGUCUAUGUAAGUUUCGUCGGAUCAGCCAACAUGUCGCCGAUACUAACCCGGUCUAACUUCUCAUGUUCAUUACCUGCCAAUGAAUUAACUGACGACGAAGAUUCUCCCCACAAACAAAGACUCUAUUACUUCUUAACAGAUUCAGCAGUUGAUUCACAAGAUGCUUACACGUUAAUACUAAAACUCACUCAACUUGCACGUGAUUUAACUUCUAAUUCGUUUGAAUACUGUCCACGUUAUGCUUUGUCAGUGUGGUUGACUCUUGAUGUGGCUCCUUUGAAUGAAUAUGAGAGGAAUAGCGAGUAUAGACCCGCGAGCAAUUUAAGGGUCGGAGCCUUGAGCAGGAGAAUAUACAAGAGGAAACAAAAGACCAGCUCUAUUGCUAACAAGAGCACAAGAUACAUGAGAAAACGAGAGACCUAUUCUAGUGGUGAGUACAAAUGCGCAAUUUGUUUUCAGGAGUUUAAAACCGGACGAGAAGUUGCUACUUUACUUUGUGGUCAUGAAUUUGACAAUAAGUGUAUUAUGGAAUGGUUUAAGGUUCGCUACAAUUGUCCAUUGUGUCGCUUCGAAUUACCACGUGAAGAUGAUCAUAUUCCUCAAAGAACUACAGAUUUAUAA